CAAAAAGCUUUCGAUUCCAGCUCCUAUAGAGUAUAAAAGGAGCGAUUUGAUUGACAAGUUAUAACAAGCCAGCAACUCCAUGCAACAUCAAGUAAGAAGACUAACCAGCUUAUCUUUCCAUCAGUCAAGAAGAAAUAGCCCAAAUUGAACACUCUAUAAUGACAAUGAAGAUUGUGCUUGUCGUAGUCGUACUGGUGGCUUGCUUUGCUGCAGUCAAUUGUCAAGAUGCUCUUUGCUUGAGUAAUGGAUUGCGAGAUAAUGCAAACCUUCAAGAAUGCAACACCAUGUUAGCUACCGCUGCCACCAACCUUGAGGCUUUUUGUCAACUGCCCUGUAUCAACGAUCUUGCAGCACUUUUCACCACUUGUCAAUUACCAAACAGCAUAACACAAUUUUGCCCCGGCGGUACUAGCGCUGGUACUAAUGAUGCUGCGUCUACUGUUGCCGUGCCAAUGAUGGUGCUCACUGGACUUAUUGCGGCUUUGGCCUCACUGUUUUAAGCAGACACAACGUCAAGGAUACUAUAUACUUUUUGAACACAGAUAUAGUGCUAUAGCUCUAGAGAGAGUACAUGCAUGCACAUGCAUGUAUAUAAUUAUAGUCAGAACUAUAUAAAUUAUAGUUUUUUGAUUUGUGUGAAAAAACACCAAAUUGGUUUCAUAAUAAUU